CUUGCUUUCCUUUAAUACGGUGGUGACCGCGGGUCGGAGCAAUCUGUAACCAUGAAGCUGCUAACCAGAGCCGGAUCCUUUUCGAGAUUUUAUUCCCUCAAAGUUGCCCCCAAAGUUAAAGCCACAGCUGCCCCUGCAGGAGCACCUCCACAUCCUCAGGACCUUGAGUUCACCAAAUUACCGAAUGGUUUAGUGAUUGCUUCCUUGGAAAACUAUGCUCCCGUAUCAAAGAUUGGUUUGUUCAUUAAAGCAGGCAGUAGACAUGAGGACUCUAACAAUUUAGGAACUUCUCAUUUGCUGCGUCUUGCAUCCACCUUGACUACAAAAGGAGCUUCGUCUUUCAAGAUAACUCGUGGAAUUGAAGCAGCUGGUGGUAAAUUAAGUGUGACUGCCACAAGGGAGAACAUGGCUUACACUGUGGAAUGCCUGAGGGGUGAUGUUGAUAUUCUAAUGGAGUUCCUGCUCAAUGUCACCACAGCACCAGAAUUUCGUCGUUGGGAAGUAGCCGACCUUCAGUCUCAACUAAGGGUUGACAAAGCAAUGGCUUUUCAGAAUCCACAGGCUCAAGUCAUUGAAAAUUUGCAUGCUGCGGCUUACCGGAAUGCCUUGGCUAAUUCUUUGUAUUGUCCUGACUAUAGGAUUGGAAAAGUGACAUCAGAAGAGUUACAUUACUAUGUUCAGAAUCAUUUUACAAGUGCAAGAAUGGCUUUGGUUGGACUUGGCGUGAGUCAUCCUGUUCUUAAGCAAAUUGCUGAACAGUUUCUCAACAUGAGGGGAGGGCUUGGUUUAACUGGUGCUAAGGCCAGAUACCGCGGAGGUGAAAUUCGAGAACAAAAUGGAAACAGUCUUGUCCACACUGCUCUUGUAGCAGAAAGUGCUGCCACAGGAAGUGCAGAAGCAAAUGCAUUUAGUCUUCUUCAGCAUGUGCUUGGUGCUGGACCACAUGUCAAGAGGGGCAGCAAUGCUACCAGCCUUCUAUACCAGGCUGUUGCCAAGGGAGUUCACCAGCCAUUUGAUGUUAUCAAGGCUGCCUAUAACCAGAUAAAAUCAAUUGCUCAAGGAAGCCUUUCCAAUGCAGAUGUCCAAGCUGCCAGAAACAAGUUGAAAGCUGGAUACCUAAUGUCUGUGGAGUCUUCUGAGGGUUUCCUGGAUGAAGUUGGAUCCCAGGCGCUAGUUGCUGGUUCUUAUGUACCACCAUCCACAGUUCUUCAGGAGAUUGAUUCAGUGGCUUAUGAUGAUGUCAUAAAUGCUGCAAAGAAGUUUGUUUCUGGCCGGAAGUCAAUGGCAGCAAGUGGAAAUUUGGGACAUACACCUUUUGUUGAUGAGUUGUAAUACUGAAGCACAUAUUACAGGAGAGAGCUGAAAGCCUACUAUAUUUACCUUUUUUUCCAAUAAGGUAAAAUACUUUAAAGUAUAAAUUAUUUCCAGCUGGCCGAAAGUCAAUAAAGCAUUCUGCUUAAA